UGACCGGGGCCGCUCACAGUGUUUCCUGCUAGCUCGCGCUAGCUAGCUCCGCUCUGCUGCAGCUCCAGGGUUUGUUGUGGUUCUUCUUUUUGGACCACCGGCGUCUGGCGGAACCUGCCGCCCGGGAUUCGGCUCUCUCUCCCCGGCUGCGAGCCGCCGCCGCGCCCCGCUGACCCCCGCCGCCAGCCCGCGGAGCUAAACCAGCGGCUCCCCGCGGGACGCUCAGCCCGCUCCCCCUCGCUCGGCGUCGGGCUGCCGGACCCGGGAGCCACCGGGACAUGGAGCCGGGGAUGAACUGACAGAUUACAGGUACUUCUACCAGGGCCAUGAUGGAGAACCAGGAGCAGAACCAGGACCCGAACCAGGCCCAGAACAACAACAACAACAACAUGGGGCCCGGGCCCCGCCCCCCCCGGAACCCCAACCCCCCAACCCCAACCCCAACCAGAACCAGAACCAGAACCCUCUGAUCAAUGUGCGGGACCGCCUCUUCCACGCCUUGUUUUUCAAGAUGGCCGUCACCUACGCCCGCCUCUUCCCCCCCGCCGGCCGCCGCCUGCUGGAGUUCUUCGUGCUGCUCAAGGCCCUGCUGGUCCUCUUCAUCCUGGCCUACAUCCACAUGGCCUUCUCUCGCUCGCCCAUCGACUGCCUGGCGGCGGUGAGAGAGCGCUGGCCCCGGGACGGAGUGCUGCGGGUGGAGAUCCAGCGCAGCCAAUCGGGGGCUGGGGCCCCGCCGCAGGCCCCGCCCACCUUCAGCAGCAGCAGCAGUGGUAGUGGUGGAGGAGGAGGAGGCCAGGAGGAGGCGGGGCCGGGGCCGGGGGCGGGGCUGCCGGCCGAGGAGGGGGAGGAGCCGGAGGAGGAGGAGGAGGAGAUGAGCCUGGACAUGUUCAGCAACAGCUCCGUGCAGUUCGAGCUGGACCUGGAGCCCCGCCUCAAGCCGGCUGUGAUUGGAGGAGGAGGAGGAGCAGGGGGCGGAGCCAACAGCAGCCAGGACGUGUCCUUCACUCAGAGCGCCAAAGCCUGGCCCCAGGAGGAGUACAUGGUGGAGUACUCUCUGGAGUACGGCUUCCUGCGGCUUUCCCAGAAUACCCGGCAGCGGCUCCGCAUCCCCGUCAUGGUGGUCACGCUGGACCCGGCGCGGGACGCCUGCUUCGGCGACGGCUUCAGCCGCUUCCUGCUGGACGAGUUCCUGGGCUACGACGACAUCCUGAUGUCCAGCGUCAAGGCGCUGGCCGAGAACGAGGAGAACAAGGGUAACGGCUAGCCGCUAGCGGCUAGCGCUAACAGUCACAAGCCGCUAGCGGCUAGCGCAAGCAGUCACAAGCCGCUAGCGGCUAGCGCUAGCAGUCACAAGCCGCUUGCGGCUAGCGCUAGCAGUCACAAGCCGCUAGCGGCUAGCGCUAACUGUCACAAGCCGCUAGCGGCUCGCGCUAGCAGUCACAAGCCGCUAGCGGCUAGCGCUAACAGUCACAAGCCGCUAGCGGCUAGCGCUAACAGUCACAAGCCGCUAGCGGCUAGCGCUAACAGUCAUUAGCC